AAUACAAUAGGCAAGCAUUCGAUGACGAACUCUUUCGGGAAUUUGCCAGCGAAAUAACGUCCUCGCCGAGUCGUUCCUAAGACAAAAACAAUGUCUGUUUUUCAAGUGUUAUCGUUGCUGACAAAGUAAAGCUCAUCUCUUAUAUUUUUCCCAACAAAUCGUAUCAUCUUAUCUGAGCCUCCAACCAUAUUUUUGGCCCAGAAUUCCAGGGGUAAGUGAUGAAUGGAUUCUUGUUCUUUGUUCAAAUUUUGUAGCUUUGAAGUGAGAACCAAUGGGGAGUGCUUCAUCCAUGCUAACUCAGUAUGACAUUGAAGAAGUACAGGAACACUGCAAUGAUUUGUUUUCUCAGCAAGAAAUUGUAUCCUUAUAUCAAAGAUUUUGUCAACUUGAUCGGAAUGCAAAGGGUUUUAUCUCAGCUGAUGAAUUCUUGUCGGUCCCCGAGUUUGCAAUGAAUCCACUCUCUCAGAGGUUGCUUAAGAUGGUGGAUGGUUUGAAUUUUAAGGACUUUGUGGCUUUCUUGUCUGCAUUUAGUGCUAGAGCGAGUACGCAGCAGAAAAGUGAACUUAUUUUCAAGGUAUUUGACUCAGACUGUAAUGGAAAGGUGUCUUUCAAUGAUAUAUUAGAAGUGCUGCGUGAUUUGUCUGGUUCCUUCAUGUCGGACGAGCAAAGAGAGAAAGUGUUGACUCAAGUCUUGCAAGAAGCAGGAUAUACAAGGGAAUCUUAUUUGACGUUAGAUGACUUCGUUAAGGUUCUUGGCAGUUAUGGCGUAAAAAUGGAGGUUGAAGUGCCAAUUGAUUAAGUUAAGAUGCUUUGGUUCUCUUAUUCUCUUUCCUUUUUUUCCCCUACAUCAUCAAUUCAAGAUGAAAAGUCUGAAGUGAAGGGUAAACAACAUCUACAUUCCUACUGCACAAAUGAGAUGAAACUCGAAGCAGACACCUGUAUCAAUGCCUUUUUUUGUCUUUUUAAAAUCUUCAUCAAGUUCAAUAAAAGUAUAGAGUAAGCAACCUGUGUAUUUAGUACAAUAAAAUGUGAAGCCUCUAUUCUACAGGUAUAUAUUUUUUUUUUUCAGUAGCCUUUCUCAGGUUCCUUGUAAAUGAUUUUUUAUCUUUUAUCGGUGUCUCAUCCACUAUGACACUUGUUCAAUGCACAGGAGGUGGAUCUUCUUUCAAAUGAGAACAUUAUAUGUAUUUGUGCGCGUUAUCUCGGAAUAUUAUACAUAUAUUAUUAUAUUGUAUCGGUAGCAAAGGAGCAAAGGGUGAUUCAUUAAAUUUAGACAUGUCUGAUGAUGCGUGGUGAUUAGAGAACGAUGAUAUCAGGUUGGUGAUGAAGGACUUGAUAGUAAUAUUAUCUGAAGAUUUGGUUCUAUUGGUCACUGAAAAUUCAGCAUAAGACCAAAAACCUCGGGUAAUGGUAGAAUGGAGCCAAAAUUUGCCUACUAUAUCCAACAGUGAGCCAAAGUUGAAGCUGACGACUGCUUAAUUAUCAGUUUCUGAAGGGAAGGCCUGACUUAUAGAAGAAGGGAAGUUGCUUAAUUAUCAGUUUCGUCCAAAAAAAAAGAAGGGAAGGCCUAUAACUUACGCUUGGAUUGCUGCCGAUGUUGCCUCCCAAUAAGAAUGGAGGCAAAUUUAGAGAAAAGACACUAUCAUUCAGCAAGUGCUAAGCAAUUUCCUCUCUCUCUCUCUCACUCUCACACACACACACACACACACACACACACACUUAGAGAGAAGAAGCUGAUCCUUAAUCUCAGUUGUGUCUGUCACUACUGCAAGUCUGCAAUACGCAUCCAUAGGCCAUAACAGAUAACACUCCAAACAUCAGCAUUCUUAGAAGUGAAGCAAAGUAUACGGAAGCAAUCAUCAUUCACUUCCACAUUUUCUCUAACCAACUCUGUCUGGUACAUGCCCAAAUUUUGUUCAAGAGUAUUAAAGCUCUCCUUUAAAUGGCCUCUCGGAAUCCGCACGCAUAUAAUUAAGUUCACGGCCAAAUUGCUAAGUUCCAAGGAAAGGCCUUCGUAUUCUGUGUGUGUCUCUAUAUAUACACGUAUAUUCGAAUAAAUAUUGGAAUGGAAACUGUCAAGCCUGAGUUCGAAAUAUGUUCAUCAAUCAAGAAGCUUUCGACAUGGAAGUGUGCAAGCACUAGUGAGCAAAGAGUUAACAAUGGUUCCAUGCCGGAGCGCCAAAGGAUCGAAAAGGAAAGAGAAUCGUAUCGGUACAAUUUGGAGGCCAGGUCAAGUGGGAAAAAACCAUUGCAGGAUUCAAGGACUUGGGGUGCUGAAAAGGCAGUGAAGAAACCGCUGCUUCUUGGUUGUUCAACAAGUAAAGCUGUAGUGUGCAACAGUGAAGUUGAAGAACUAAAUGAGCGGUUGAGGAUUCUUGAAGAAGAAACUGAAACUAUGAAGCAAGAGUUAUUUGAGAGUGCACAAGAGAGAAAGAAGUUGAUGAACGAUAUAUAUCAGCAGUUUCAGAUGCUAGAAAUUGACCCCAGAUAUCUGGUAGCAAGAGAAUUCAAGUCUACUGAUGAAAAUACAAGUGUCAACUCUUCACAGGAUGAGAGAAUGGGAACUAGUUUGUUAGAUAUCUUGCACCAAGAUCCACAUCCAUCUCUUGUCACCAGAAAUCUUAGAGCUAAUGCUUUGGCACUGCUGAUGUAAUGCAGAUACUAUUUAGAUAGAUGAAUCCAUCUCCAUCAAAAUGUAAUCUCAGAUAGUAUAUGUAGCCAACCAUGUUCUGUUCUUUUCUUUGCCCAGAAUAUCACUGUGACAUCAUAUUACUUGA